AUGACAAAUCUACCCUUCAAUCUCACCCUUGGCCUUCUCCAUCCUGUCGAAAGCUCUCCAUUAACACACUCUAAGGAAAGAAGAGCUCAAUUUGACCAACUUCAAGUUGAAUCUCAUACGCUUCUAAGAGGCCGCCAUUUGGAGACCAACCCACUUUCAGCAGGAAACAAGAUCACCACUAGCAAAUACACACUUAUAAACUUCCAACCCAAGAAUCUCUUCAUUCAGUUUCAUCAAGUGGCUUACAUAUACUUUUUAGCCAUUGCAACUCUCAAUCAGCUUCCUCCUCUUGUAGUCUUUGGAAGAACAGUCUCUCUCUUCCCUCUCCUUUUUAUUCUCACAGUAACUGCUAUAAAAGAUGGAUACGAGGAUUGGAGAAGACACAGAUCAGACAGAAAUGAGAACAACAAAGAAUCUCUUGUGACAAUCCCUUGUGACAUGGUGCUAAUGUGGAUAAGUGAUCCUAGUGGCAUUGCUUACAUACAAACCAUGAAUUUAGAUGGAGAGUCAAAUUUAAAGACACGUUAUGCUAGACAAGAAACAUCCUUAAUGCCAUUAGGGUCAAUAUCAGGGGAUGCAAUUGAUACGAUUCCUUAUUAUAGAAAGAGCUAUCUUAUAAAGGGAAAGUUUCCAGGAAAACCGUAUAAAUACUAUGGGAUUCCAAUGGAGAUGCUUUUUGCGUUUUUUGAGUUCUGUUAUUGUGUUUCAGAUCAUGAUUUCGAUAUCUUUAUACAUCACCAUGGAAUUGGUUCGAUUAGGUCAAUCUUAUUUCAUGAUAGAAGACAAACACAUGUAUGA